CAUAUGAUGUCUGACUCUGAGUCCGAGGACUCUGCAAUCGAUGUCGUCCAUGUCGUCGAUUUCGACUCCACAACUUCUUUGGACAGCACCGUCCUUAAAUCCGUUAACGAAAAUGGUCGCCAAUAUCAAGACUAUAGAUACAUACUGCCGAAAGACGAGAAAGAACAAGAACGACAACGACAGGGACAUGCAUUGCUGUAUUACGCUCUGGGUGAUCUACAUAAUUGCCCUCUUACAAAUCCUCAGAAGGUGUUGGACAUAGGAACGGGAGUAGGAAUAUGGUCCACCAAAUUUGCGGAUAAAUAUAAAUCAGCAGUCGUCCUCGGGAUAGAUAUCAGUUAUAUGCAGCCCCAGUAUGUGCCACCGAAUCUAUCAUACUUGAUCGUCGAUGCCUGGGAAUUCGUUGUGGAGGAAAAACACAAGGGCCAAUAUGAUUUUAUCUAUAUCGGCCAAUUUGCAGGCGCGGUUCGGGACUGGCGCAGUUUUCUCCAGCACGUCAUUCAACUUCUGAAGCCAGGGGGUUGGCUUAAAUGGAUAGAAAUGGGUAUCGGGAUACACCAUAAACAUCAUCAUCAAACGGAGGCAUUAGUUUGGUGGGAAAAUCAAAUCCGGCAGGCUUCGGAGAAUCUGGGAACAGCCCUGGAUGUAGGACCUUAUAUGGGGUCUUUUCUACAACAGGCUGGCUUCCGAGAAACUCAGGUUAAGGAAGUGAAUAUUCCUCUAGGCACACCAUCUGAAUCUCCACACAAGCGGCUUGCGUUGUUGAAUGAAGCAUAUACUCUGUCCACAGUCGAACCACUUAGCCUGAGGCUUUUGGGGAGCUCAUGGGAUAUGGUAAUAUGUGCACUAGUGAAAAAAGAUAUACGGCAGUGCAUUGCGGAAGAAUGUCAAACACGAUGGUGA